AUGCUGGUCUAUUGGUCUCCCUGCACAAUUUCGCCACGAAUAAAAAAAUCUGGCUACGAACGUGAAUCCGCUGCUAUCGCUUUCCAAUCGCUCGCCAACAUUCUGGGUGCUACUGCCGCACCGAUGCUACUUCCAUCUCUCUCGGUUAUCUUCGAACUCUACAUGGAUAAAGGCGAUGUAGUCCGUGUCGCUGCUUCAGCGGCCGUCAAAGCUAUUCUCAAACUCUUUCCUCCCGAAGCAACUCGCGUCGUUUUCCGUGAGCUUGAAAACAUAUUGGCCAAUGGAAAAUGGAAAACCAAGGUCGGCGUGCUAGACGCCUUUCGAUCCUUCGCAACAACAGCCAAAGACGCUGUUGGAGCCGAACUGGCCACCAUUCUGCCCAAAAUAGAGGCCGCCAUGCACGAUACGAAGCAAGAGGCUAGUGGAGUUUCAACUGCUGCCAACAAAUGCGCAAUUGCCUUGUGUAAUACUCUGGCUAAUCCCGAUCUCACUCCCCAUAUCCCUGUCCUCGUCAAAUGCAUGGCGAGUCCUGAUACCGUACCUGCUUGCAUCAAAGCACUCUCUUCGACAACCUUUGUCGCUGAAGUGACAGCACCGGCUUUGGCUGUCCUUGUGCCUCUGCUUAUCCGCGCACUCAACGAUAGAAGUAUGGAAGUCCAACGUCGCACGGUGGUUGUGAUAGACAACCUCGUCAAGCUAGUUCGCGAUGAGAAGGUUGCAGCAUUGUACCUUAGCUCUCUCGUUGAGGGCACAGAACGGAUCGCAAAAGGAGCGGCAUUCCCUGAGGUCCGCGCAUUUGGCGAAUCCGCUCUCCAAACCUUGCUCAAGGCUGGUGCAUCGGUCUCUGGACCUCCAAGCACCCCCCGUGAUAUUGAAAGGGAAACUGCGGAUGCGCUUUCGGCCCUCUUAACGCUCCUCCCCCCAGAACUCACCAUCACUUCUCCAUCAUCUCCAAACAACCCGCCUAGCCCCAAGUAUUCUUUAUUGGCCCAAUCUUUAGCUUUCCAAGCAUCCCUCGUUGCCGAUCUCGUAAAUGAACGGAAGUUCGGCGAUAAAAAGAUCUGGCAACGAUGUGUGGGGGUUUACCUGGAACCUUGGCUAGAUUCUGAACGAGGGGCCCAGGUUAGCGAGGCGGUCCGCUCCCACUUCUAUGCUAUCGAGAAGGCAAAACACGGCGGUGCUGUGACCAGCGAUGAGGAAGGAGAAGUGAUAUGUGAUACGCUGUUUUCCCUGGCAUAUGGCGCUUUGUUGCUGCUCUCGCACACUACAUUGCGUCUUGUCCGCGGUCGUCGUUAUGGAAUCCUCGGGACCAACGGUUCUGGCAAGUCUACCCUCAUGCGUCAGUUGCGCGACGGCAAGGUAGAAAACUUUCCCCCGCAAGAUCAGCUCCGCACUGUGAUGGUUGAGCACUCUUUGCAAGGGGAAGACGGCUCCCUUUCUGUGUUGGACUUCAUCGCAGCAGACUCAGCCUUGGCAGCUGUUCCUCGGUCAAAGAUCAGAGAACAGCUUUUGGAGGUUGGUUUCGAUGAUGCAAGACAGGCCGAUACUGUCGGCGGCUUGUCUGGUGGCUGGAAAAUGAAACUCGAGUUGGCUAGAGCCAUGCUGUAUAACGCCGACCUUUUACUGCUUGAUGAGCCUACUAACCAUCUGGACCGCGCGUCCGUUAAAUGGCUCGAAGAAUAUCUGAUCGCACAUACCAAUGUCACCUGUCUUAUCGUCAGUCACGACUCCGGAUUCCUAGACAAUGUGACGACGGAUGUCAUUCACUACGAGUCCAAAAAACUUGUCUACUAUCCGGGAAACUUGUCCAAGUUUGUCGAAACGCACCCGGAAGCCAAAUCCUACUACACGCUGGCCGCGACUAGUGUCAAAUUCGCGUUUCCCCCGCCGGGGUCCCUUAUGGGGGUCCGUAGCAACACGCGUGCAAUUCUGAAGCUCGCAGGUUGUACGUUCACCUAUCCUGGUCGAUCGACUCCGAGUCUGUUCAACGUCAGCUGUGCCCUCUCGUUAUCGAGCCGCGUCGGCAUAGUCGGCCCUAAUGGUGCUGGUAAAUCGACAUUAAUCAAGUUGCUGACGGGCGAAACCGAACCGCAAGAAGGGUCUGUAUAUAAACACCCUGCCCUCCGAUGGACUGGCACCGAUGAGUACCCAGCUCAACUGACAAAUAAAAUAGAGCGGCACCUGGAGAAAACCCCCAUCCAAUACAUUCAAUGGCGAUUCCAAGACGGGCAUGAUCGCGAGGUGCUGGAAAAGGUUACUCGUGUUCUGACACCGGAAGAGAAAGCUUUGUUAGAACAGGACUGGGUCGGAAGAGAUGGCUCCAAACGAAAACUUGAGCUAAUCAUGGGUCGACAAAAGCUGAAAAAGACAUUUCAAUAUGAAGUCAAGUGGCGAGGGCUGGACCACAGAUUCAAUACCUGGGUCGCCCGCGAUGACUUGCUGCAGAAGGGGCUUACAAAGCUCGUCCAACAAUUUGACGAUUUAGAAGCAUCUCGAGAAGGCGCCGGUACUCGCGAAACAUCAACAAUCGCCGUCCGCAAACAUCUCGAAGACAUUGGGCUCGACGGAGACAUCGCUCAAUAUAAUGAGAUCUCUGGACUCUCCGGUGGUCAAAAAAUCAAAUUAGUUAUCGCUGCUUGUCUUUGGAGUAAACCUCAGAUUUGUAUUCUCGAUGAACCAUCCAAUUUCUUGGAUAGAGAAGCUCUGGGUGGUCUGGCAGUUGCUAUCCGUGACUGGGCUGGUGCAGUGGUGAUCAUUUCCCACAACAACGAAUUUGUUUCUGCGCUGUGUCCUGAGAUCUGGAAUGUCGAAGCUGGUCACAUGACUCACCAAGGCAAGGCCGCAGUGGUCGAAGACGCCUUCCUGGAUUCCAAGUCACCCUCUGCGAGCGGCACCAACACACCCGUGCGAUCCAACCGAGGGACUCCUGCUGCUUCGGCGAAUGGGACCCCGGUUGUCAGUGGAGCAGAGGAUGGCGGAUCGGCAAAGCCUGUCGUGAAGAAAAAGAAGAAAAUGACGCGAAAUCAGCUGAAAGCGCAAGAGGAACGCAGACGGUUGAGAAAAUUAGCAUGGUUGACCAAUGGUGGACCACGACCAGAAGACACAGACAGUGAUUGA